UUCGAAUCCUGGGCCCAUGCCACCCUCCUGGGCAGCGCCACCCUGGGCCAAUCAGAGCCACGCACGUGAACUGGAGUUCGUGCUGCUGGGUUUCGCACACGUACCCUCGCUACGCCCAAUGCUUGCAGCGCUCUUCCUGGCAGCCUUCCUGCUCACGAUGUUAGGCAACACGCUCAUCGUCUUACUCACCAGCCUGGACUUAGGCCUCCGCACACCCAUGUACUUCUUCCUGCGCCAGCUGGCACUGGUGGAGAUCUGCUUCUCACUGGAUGUGGCACCCCGUCUGCUGGUGACCCUGCUGCAACCUGGACGCGGGAUGUCCCCAACAAGCUGUGCCCUGCAGCUUCUCCUUGUGCUGUCCUGUGUCACAUCUGAGUGUUUCCUCCUCACGGUCAUGGCUUGGGACCGCUUCCUGGCCAUAUGCAGGCCACUGCGCUAUGGUGCCAUCAUGAGCCCACAGCUGUGCCACCUGCUAGCCACCACCUGCUGGUUGGCGGGAAUCCCUGUUGCACUCGUCUUCACCAUCUGGCUCUUUAACUUCCCCUUCUGUGGGCCACGUGGCAUCCGACACUUCUUCUGUGACAUAGCACCUCUACUGAGCCUGGUGUGUGCAGACACCAGAGUCUUCGAGGCCAAUGUGUUCGUGGCCACCGUCCUCGUCAUCAUGGUCCCCUUCUGUCUCAUAGCCACAUCCUAUGUGAUGAUUCUGGCUGCUGUCCUUAGGAUGCCAUCCGCCUCUGGGCGCCACAAGGCCCUGUCCACCUGUGCCUCCCACCUCAUAGUGGUAAUUCUGUUUUAUGGCACAACAGGAGUCAUUCACUUGCGCCCCAAGGCCAGCUACUCUCCUGAGAGCAAGCAAGUGGUGUCCCUGUCGUAUACCAUGGUGACCCCUAUGCUCAACCCCCUCAUCUACAGCCUGCGGAACAAGGAGGUCAAGGCUGCCUUUGGGCGUGUAUGCUGUGGACACUAAAGGUCUAGACUCCAUGAGUGAACUCUCUCCUUUGCCAGCUUUCCGGGUCAAGGAAUUAUUGAGGCCCACUCU